ACACUCGCUGCUCUGCCUUGCCCGCACUCUAGCCCUGCACCUCCCCCGAUGGCCAUGAUGGACGACCCGCGCUGGCUCCCGCUCGAGAGCAACCCGGAAAGCUUCAACCGCUGGAGUGCAUCCCUCGGCCUCGACACGUCCAGCCCCAACGGCUACCGCUUUGUCGACGUGUGGGGGCUCGACCCCGAGCUCCUCGCCUUCGUCAAGCAGCCCGUCAAAGCCGUCCUCAUGCUCUUCCCCGUCACCAAGGAGUACGAGGACUUGCGCAAGAAGCAGGACGACGACAUCCUCGAGGACGGCGUCGAGGGCGUCGAGGACGUCAUCUACUUCAAGCAGACGAUCGCCAACGCAUGCGGCACCUUCGCGCUCCUGCACACGCUCGCCAACACGGACGUGCCCAUCAAGGAGGGACCCUUGACCGAGCUGUUCGAGCGCUGCAUCGACAAGUCGCCGCUCGAACGUGCCCAGCUCCUCGUGCAGAACAACGACCUCGAGCGCGUGCACACCGAGACGGCGCACACGGGCCAGACUGCCGCUCCCGCCCUCGAGGACAACACCGACCUGCACUUUGUCACGUUCGUCGCGCACAACGGCUUCCUCAUCGAGCUCGACGGCCGGCGCAACUCGCCCGUCAACCACGGCAAGCUCACCGACAAGGGCCUCCUCGACGACGCCGUUGCCGUCGUGAGGCGCAUCAUGGACUUGACCAACAGCAUCCAGUUCAACCUCGUCGCACUGAGCCCGGCGGGCGAGGACGACGAGUGACGAGCCGGCGGCGAGGCGAGGAGGCGGUUUCGGAUCGGGCGGGUCGAGGGUGAGGAGGAGGAGGCGACGAGGAGUCGGCGCGACCGUAGCGCGACCGCCCUCUAUAUGUACAAAGGAGUGUCUCGCAGCAUCUCGACGAGCCUCAGC